AUGAUUUCACGACUGCAGCUCUCAGGCAAUAUGGGGAAUAGUCGCAACCAAUGGAAGACAUUGGACGCCUCUUCCGCAGGUCACUUGCCAGAGUGGAUGACGGGAUCGCUUGUGAAUGAAGAACGACCAUUUUCCAAGCAAACGCAGAUCUCGACAAGUAUGAAAGCGCCCAUGCAGGGAAAACAGGGCUUUUCGGGGAAUGUUUGGCGUACACCCACAAAGUGCCCUUUAAUCUCGUUGGUGGGCCCUUCCAAGAGUGAAGUUCCAACGGCGAGCACGGGGGAUUCGAUUAUCCGUCUUCGUUCUUUUGACCAAACUGGUGGUCGAACGGCGGUGGAGGCUCACCAGAGCCACCACACCCCUGGUCCCCGGAUCCUUGUUUACCGUCGGGCAGCGCCCAUCGAUUUCCGAGAAGGCGACAUCUGGCUGGGAGCUAACCGAGACCACGUUGAGAUAGGCAUCUCUUUAUUCUCAAUGGCAGCGGAGCUGGGCCAUACCAACCCUGGUUGA